GUUUAACUUUCCCUAACCCCUUUUGUUUAAUCAAAAACAACAAUGUCUAAUCAAAAUCAAUAGUUUGCUUAAUUAUAAUCAUCUCAAUAAUCCUUGACUGAUGAAUAGAUGGCAGAAUUACCUAUCCUCUCCUUCCUAAAAAAAAGAAAACCUAUCAAAGCCAAAGCUCAAUUGACAGUAGAGAAUAACGACUUUGAAAUCGAGAUAAUCAACACUAAAGUUGUACAGAAUAGUUUUGUAGUCUAUGAGAUUAGAAUCAAGAAAGGCAACCUUUUCUGGAUUUUUCAAACUAGAUACAGUCUAUUAGAGAGUUUGAGUUCAAAAAUAUCAAAGAAUCUCAAAUCCCAUUUACCAAAAUUUCCAGAUAAAAGGCUUUUUGGAAACCUUGACAACGAUUUCAUAGCAUAAAGAGGAAAAUAACUUGAUUCCUAUUUGAAAUAAUUGUUUAAAUUGGGAAGGAGUGAAAACACAGUACGAGAAUUCGUACGCCAAUCUUAGAAGGCAGCAUUUGUGAUCAACGACCCUUCUGCUGUUAAAUUAUUCAAUCUUGACGCAUGAAAAUUAUAAAAUUAAUAUAGAACAUCAAAUUACCAUCCUA